GUUGACGAUCGUGUCGUUUGCGCUGUUCACGUCGUAUUCCUCUGGGAUGGUGAAGAAUUGGCGUUGUCGGCCGCCGUAGCGCGAUCUGGUCAUGUAGCCUUCUGGCUUGCGUCUAGCUUCAGCAGUCCUGCGUCUGCGAUGGAAACGACGAGCUGCAUCUUGACGUCUUCGAUGUUCAACAGCGUCUGCGAGUUGAGGAAGCUCUUGCGGCAGAAAGAGUACUCGUUCCCCCCGGCUGUGCUCCGGACGCGUUUCCACACGCAGUAUGCAUUAUACACAGUGAGCAGGUCGGAGUCGCCCCGCCGGAAGGAAAGCCGUGCAAGGUCCUUCUGCGAGUUGGAGCCCAUGGUGUUGACGAAUGGUGACUUUGAAGAGAGAAUGGCAGCAAUGCUUAGCGAUGCGUCCAGGCACUUGAAAAACGCCCCGUGCACGAUCAACUUUCCGAGGAAGACGUCCAGGGGCAGUUUGGCAAGCUGCGAGCCCAAUGGGGUCAGGUUCUCCCCGUUGGUCAGCGCCUUAACUUCCUUCAACGCAUCGAUCGCCCGGCGGAUGUUCUUCGACGACGGUGGGUCCAGAGCUUCAAGAAGCGUCUGUUCCACGUCUCCGAGUUUGCAGAUCUUGACGCGGAGGACCAGAUCCUGGAGAGACAGCCGGAGCAUUUCGGGAGUUUGUUGUUCAGGAAGCUGUGGAAGUCAGCGUUAUGGACCAACAAGUUCGGUCAACAGCACGUACCACCCUGUCAUGCCUGUGUCGAGUAAACAGGUGGAAGCAGAUUCCGUUCUGAACACGCCCGGCUCGUCCACGCCGUUGCUUCGCGUUGGCCCGCGAGAUGAACGCCUCAACCAACCGUGACAACUGCCGCCUCUCAUCAAACCUGAUCCCAUGUUAGCGGUGUCCAUAGGGACAUCAUUUUUUGUAACUUACCGCAUAGUCUUCUCUUUGCCGGUAUCAACAACGGCAGUGAUGUCGGGAAUGGUAAUACCUAUCU